AUGUCUAGUGGUCCGGACUACUGCGGCUGGGGCGCCAAGCAGGGCAGCAAGGUGCGCACAUGGAAAAACCGCUACUUCGUUCUGCGUGGGCGAGAGUUGGUCUAUUAUUCAGGAGCCAAGAGCGAUGGCAGUGGCGCUGGGGUCAAUGAGAAGGGUCGUCUCAAAGUGAUCAAUGUGGACUACUCUCCCGACCGAAAAAACGGGCUGCUCAUCCACGGAGAAGGAAAAGACCUUAAGAUGACAACCGCCAGUGCGCAAGAGAGUCGAGUACUGUUCCGCAGAAUUAAAGAAGCAAUCGGGGAGCAGGAGACGAGCUUCAGGCUGUCAACGCCACAGACUCAACCGAAAUUGGUCAAAAGGACCGUCGAAAAAGACGGUUGGUUACUAAAAGAAGAGCCGCAAUUGCAAGCGUGGAAGCGAAGUUAUGUCAUACUCAGUGGUAGUUCAGUCGAGUUUUGCGCUCAUCGGAACGCUGCUCCCGUUGAUUCGCUGACACUAAUGAAAGUGGAGGCAGAUGAGACUAGUCCGCUGUCACUAGGACUCGUUGCCAGAGGAGGAAAAGUGGUUCAUGUUGCAGCCGAGACGAGAGACGAGAUCGAAGACUGGGAUCGAGCUCUUGCGACUGCUAUUGGACAACCGUUGGCUCUGCAACAAGUGACGAAAGUGCAACAAGACGUUGGGAACCAAGAGAUGGAAAGUAUGACUGACACAGAUUUAGUCGCUCGAAAGUACUCGACGGCAGUGUGUGAAGGUUGGCUCGAGAAGCUUGGACAACGCAGUAAAGUCUGGAAGAAGCGAUAUAUGUCGCUGGCGAAUGGAAUGCUAGAGUAUCGCAAAGGUCCAAUGGAGCAGCUGUCGGCAGAGCUCUAUGUCACAGACGUCAGAUACAGCAGUGAACACUUGGAUGCUCUAGAGAUUGAAUUUGGCUCCGAUAAAGCGCUUACGAACGGUGACACCAUCUGUGUAAGAGCAGAAUCCGUUCGUGAGCUGGAGAGAUGGAUGGAUCGACAGAGCAAACCUCAACUGCCCCCGUUUCCAAGAAACGUGUUGCAUUCUCAAGACAGCGAUAAGUCCUCGAGUAACACCCAACCAUCAACCCCUGCUAACACUGAUCGCUCUUCUGGCACUCAAGUUACUGUCUCUACAACUGCAAACCGUAGUAAGCGGGGAUGGCUGUACGAGCAAGACGAUGUCGCAUCGUCGUGGAAGCUGAGAUACUUUAUUCUCAAUGGAAACACUCUCCACCACAACAAACACGUCAAUGGAACGUCAGAAACCCUUGGCAGUGUGGCCAGCAUUACGCGUAACUACGAGACAGCGGGAUUUCUGUGUAUUCAAUUCGAAGAUGGCAAUACUCUGAACGUGUUCGGCGAGACAAAACCCGAUACUGAUGCGUGGUAUGCUGCUCUGUGCAAGGCGUCCUGGAGCUCAGCUGAGAACCCACCGGAAGGGAUGUCAGUUUCCAAUCAAGACGAAGAGGAAGAAGAGCUCCACGCUGAGAAUGGUUUCCGAGGGUGGCUAUUGAAGAAAGGGCAGAACUUCAAGACCUGGAAGCGACGCUAUUUCGUGCUUGAAAGCAGUCGACUUGCCUACAGUGCGACGGCUGAUAGCGAAGUUUUGGGCUCUGGUGUGGUGUUCGACGUUAACGUGGGGGAUCUCCGCCCCUUUUGCCUCAACAUUCGCUUCCAGAAUGGUCGUCUUCUUCACGUCGUGGCCCCCACUCAUGAAGCGUUCUCGAAGUGGUUUGAUGUGCUCCGGAAAGCGUCCAAUCUGGCUGAGUCGUUUCUGUCUCAAAGCAAUGGGAAAGCUGUGUUGGAUGAAGAAUUCGACAAUGAUUUGGGGGAGACCGCGAACGACGUGGAUGUGGAGUUUACGGAGCAAGACUACGCCGAGUACGAGAUAUCUCUGCGCGAAGGUGAAGGAGCCUCGAUGUGGAUUGCUGCCAUGCAGAGUAAACCCGAGUACGAUGCGAUCAGCUCGUCAUCUUCCGAGCAAGGCGACCAAGAAGCGGCUGCCGCACAAGGUUGUGUCGGGUGGUUGAGGAAGGAAGGCGGAAAAGUCAAGAGCUGGAAGCGACGGUACUUUGCGCUGUACGGCUCAAGGCUGAGCUACUACAAGAGUGAAAAGGGAUCUCUAUUACGCUCCGUUAGCGUCGUCAGUAUAGAGCCACAUCCGACAGUCUCACUGGGUCUGGUAGUGUCUACUCAUAGUGGUCGAAAGCUGAUCAUGCAGGCUGAUUCAAACGAAGAGUUUGACAGAUGGCUCAGUGCCAUUCAAGGAGCUGUGGCUGGAGAGAACGAGAGGAAAUUGACAGUGGUGGAAGCUCCAAUGAUGAACGUGGUCAGAGACACCAGAUCGAGUGACGACUUGAAAGCCUCAGUUAGCCACAGUGGGUGGCUGCAGAAAGAAGGGCAGCGGUUCAAGACGUGGAAAAGGCGCUAUUUCACUUUGAAGAAUAGCGCCUUGAUCUACUACAGUGAGGUCGGAGGAGUAGCGCGAGGUCACGGCAUGGUGAAAGGUGUGCAUCAGGAUACCAAGCCACUUACUCUUGUGAUUGAGUUCCGUAGUGGCAAGACCAUGCGUGUGACAGCGGUAAGUGAGACGGAGAUGAACGCGUGGCUUCAGGCCUUGUCACGAGGUCGUACCUCCAGUAGUGUCAUGACCGUUGUCUCGGAGAUGACCGAUGAUGUGGUGGACUCGGAGAGUGACGAAGACGAUCCAGAGCGUGCAGCUCGCAUUAGUCGAUUCGAUUCGAGCGACUAUAUCAAUGAUACGAUGACGAACGACACGAUCAUGCGUCUUCAAGACGAAGAAGGGAAGGGGACAAUGUUGGAAUCUCGCGUCAACAUUUCUCGCUCUUUCAAGGGAGAGCUCACGUUUGACGAGGAAGAAGAAAAAGAAGACAUGGGGAUCAGCACUACUGGUGCAGAUUACUAUCGAAAACUACUCGCUGAAGAUGAGCGAGUUCAACAAGAACGAUCAGAUGAAAACCUAGCGAAAGGAGAACCGCCGAUCACCGGAUGCGCGCCGUGCUGCACGGUGAUGUAGGGAUCAUGGGCUUCAUUGACGAACUCUGUACUCUAGAUAGUACACUUCUACUUU